AUGGCGCUCAACCGAUACAACCACAAUCCCUUCUUCGGACAUGGUGUUGACGAGUUCUUCGCUCCCUCGCCGUUCUUUUCGCGAGACCCGAUCUUUGACUUGAUGCCGGUUCUCACAAACUUGGAGCGCAACGAGGACAUGUCUCUUCUCCGAACCUCUCCCGGCUACGAGAUCAGCGAGAACGAAGGAAAGUAUCAGAUCCACGUGGACGUUCCUGGCGUCAAAGCCGCCGACAUGAAUGUCGAACUUGAGAACGAGGGCAAGGUUCUUCGCAUAUCCGGAGGACGAAAGGUCGAGAAAAAAGGCGAAGUUUCGGAGACGCGUUUCGAUAAACGCUUUACGAUCGGUGACAACAUUGAUAUGGAGAAAAUGACGGCUAACCUUGUGGACGGAGUGUUAACUUUGACGGCGCCCAAAAAGGCGAAAGAGGAGAAACCUCUCAAAAAGAUUGCGAUCACCGAGGGACCCCAGGAAGAAGAAAAGAAAGCCUAG